CCUUCCCAUUCAGAGCACGGAGCUCCAGCACCAACCCACAAACCCACAGACGCACCAACAACCUCAAGACAGAGGCCGGAAGCUGAGGCGCAAAGGAAGGAAGCAGAGCAAAGUCUUCUCUUCGCCUACGCGUCUUACAAGAGAGGAGUCUUCGGUUCUUCAUUCCAACAGCAAAUGGAGAAGGCAGGACAUCAGCAUGUGAUCGGCAUCCCAGUGAGCAGCACUGCCAUCGGCAUCGAGGAGCCGGAGUUCACCAGCGAUGGAGCUACCUAUGUCCACGGUGAUGCAAAAUACUCGACGAGCACACGUACCGGCGGCAAAUCGGGCAGGCCAGGGGACAAGUUCGCUCGAGGAAUCAGAGAGCAUGUGACUCUAGGCCCAAAACUGUACGAGACCGUGAGGGGCAAGCUGUCGCUGGGCGCAAGAAUCCUCCAGGCCGGCGGAGUGGAGAAGGUCUUCCGGCGGUGGUUCGCCGUGGAGAAGGGCGAGAAGCUCCUGAAUGCCUCGCAGUGCUACCUGUCAACGACCGCCGGCCCGAUCGCCGGGAUGCUCUUCGUAUCCACAGAGAAGGUGGCCUUCCGCAGCGACCGGUCGCUGGCGCUGAUCGCCCCCAAGGGCGACACGGUGCGGGUGCCGUACAAGGUGGCCGUCCCGCUGAGGAGGGUGAAGGCGGCCAGGCCGAGCGAGAACCAGCACCGGCCGGAGCAGAAGUACGUCCAGCUGGUGACCGACGACGGCUUCGAGUUCUGGUUCAUGGGCUUCGUCAGCUACCAGGCGUCCCUGCAGCACCUCGAGCAGGCCAUCGCAGAGUCACACCUCUGACCCCAUCAAUUGAUCAAAGAAGCACGUACGCGCUGUGUGUGUUAUGUUGUGUGUGUGCAUAGGUAAGUAGGGUUUCAUGGUGGAUUGCUUGUCGUUUUUGGCAUUGGAGCAAGUCCGGUAUACUUAAAUGGUAGGAGAAAUUUAAUUUAGGGCGUGAAAAAUUCUUCAUGUUGAAGAAGUGCUGUAUGUAUGAAUGGUACAGUCGCCACGGCAAAAGUGCCAUCAUAAACGUGUGGUAUGCACUAGUUCAGUGAGAAAAAUCACGAAUUGUUUGUUCCACUUCUUUACA